AUGAUUUUGUUGUAUAAUAAUAUAGGACCUAUUGUAAUAUAUAAGUUCACUCGGUAUGAAACGUAGGCACAUUCCCCCGAAUGGACAUGCGCGAUUGUAACAGCCUACUGGAUGCUGAAUUUAUGUUUAGAGCAAGCAAACCUGUAUCCUAUUCACUGCACUGUGGUAUUCAGUGGGCGGUACAAAUAAGCUGUACUUUGCUUUGGAGACAUUGACCAGUAAGCUUCACUUCUUCACCGCCGUGCAGUCUGCAUUGCUCUGGGACCAAGUAACGAGACUUCUUUUUUAAAAAUGUCUUUAUGUGACGUGAUGUUAGUUUGUAAAAUUGCGGAAAAGUACCUUAGUAGUAUCAUUGGACUCUCUGGUUUUGUUCUCUUCCUGGCUCUGGGAAACAUCAUGAGUAAAUUGAAAAAGUUCCCAUCGAUUCGGGGGAACAGCAACAUGGAUACAGGUUAUCGUGGGUUAAUAAACCAAGGUGCUACCUGUUACCUGAACACAGUGCUGCAGACUUUCUUCAUGACCCCCGAGUUCAGAGACGCUGUACACGAGUACAGUGGGCCUGAAAAAGACAAGGAGAAGAAUCUUUUGUUCCAACUAAAGAAGUUGUUUCAGAAUCUAGAGGAUGGAGAAUAUGAAGUUAAAACAACUGGAGUGACAAGAAGCCUGGGAAUGAUGCACAGAGAUGGUCGGGUACAACAAGAUGUAGCAGAAUUCUUCAGAAAAAUCCUUAACGAAGUCAGCAAAGAGUCUCCAGUCUCUGAGAAUUACCAGAGUACUGUAAUCAAUUCCAUAAAGUGUCUGAGGUGUGGAACGGAAGCCUCAGAUAACAGUAGAUAUCUGGAUAUUCCAUUGCCUCUGAACACCACUGAUCAUUCUGCAAGCAUCAUGUACAGUGUGGAGAAGGGUCUUCUAGACUUUUUGAAAACCGAACUUUUGGAAGGAGAUAAUCAGAGCUAUUGUGACAAAUGUGAAAUGAAAACUGACACUGAAACUAGAUACUAUUUUCAGCGCUUGCCACAAAUAUUGACACUGCACCUGAAGAGAUUUGAGUUUGACUAUUAUCAGAUGAGUUAUGUGAAGAUCCAGUGUCCUGUGGAGAUUCCACUGGAAUUACAAUUUCAGGCACCAACUGAAAAUACUGAAUGGUGUUUCAGCGCUACAAUACCACAGAGUAUGCCUCAACAAAAGUUGUCUAAAGACAAUAAAAGAAAUAAAGAAAUUACAGCAGCUGUUAUCCAGAAAUACAUAUUGAAAAGGUCACAACAUGGAUGUCACAGCAACAGCGUGACACACAGAAAGAAACAUGACAAGAAAACGGGCAGCACAGCUACCGGUGUAAGAAAGAAAUUGCCAUUGAAAAUGAAGAUGCGGUCACGACAAAAGCUUAAUAAACCCAAAGAAACAGUGCAAGAAAUUGCAGUAGCUGCCAGUAAAAGACAGUAUUCUGUCCGAUAUGAGCUGUUUGCAAUAUGCGACCAUUCAGGAGGGUACAGCGGUGGACAUUACACUGCUCGUAUCAAAUCAUUUGAGAAUGACAAGUGGUACACUUUUGACGAUUCAUUUGUUCAUGAGGCAAGUGUUUUUGAUUUUACAUUGUUGCUUGAAUAAUUAUUUUAUCAACGUGAAUUACAAUGCACCUGUAAAUUACGAGUAGCUGCACAGUAAAAUGCUCCCCAGAGAGCAUAUCUCAAGAUUAAGUGUAGUUUUUACGAUUUUAGAUAUUCACAAGUAGUUUGGUGUCUAUAAAUGAGCAAUGUGCACAAUACCAAUGGCUUUGUCAGCAAGUCUCCAUGUGUUGAUUCCAGUAUUCAAAGGUUACACACAUAUAGCUUAAACAUUUAGCAUUUGACACAGCAAUGUAGCACCUAGUUCUAAACAGAAAUCAGAUCAUGAUCAGUGUACAGUGAUGAUCUGUCGUCAGGAGGGGAUUCAGGUAGCUUUUCUCACUUGCACUAAUGAGUGCCUGUUUUAUAUAUCUUGCCUAACUGUUGAGCUUUGUGAACUCUGCUGACACUCUGUUUUCCUCACAAUAUCUAAACAGUUUCAUGGUGUGAGUUACAAUGUUGUUCCAGACACAGUAUACACAUCUCUUUAACUCAAUGUCAUCUGUCCCGCACUUUAUCAAUUUGGUUGAGUUGAGAAACAUCCUCCCACCUUGCAGCUGAGCUUGAGCACAGGGUUCUCAUGAGAGCUCUCAGUAUGUGUUAACCCUUCGUUGACCCUGCAGCUUGUGUAUAGUACGUCUUUAGCACAGUCUGAGCAACCAGAACUCAAACUGCACAAGAAACGCCCCCCAUGCAACCCAACGGAGUGAAAGCAUUAGAAAAAUAAAGAGUUACUGUGUGACUUUAAUCAUUCCGACACAUCAAAUAAUAAACUAAUUGUUUAUGUUUCAGUACCACAUGGAACAAGGCUUUACACAAAGUGUAAAGGAAGGAAAGAGGCCCUGUAUAAGCUCCUCCACAGCCUACCUGCUUAUGUACAGAAAGAGUGAAACCAUUAAACCAGACGAUAAGAACUCUGUGAUUCGAAACCAGAGAGACCCAAGGAGCACAGAAACUAAUAGAAACCAGAGAGACCCAAGGAGCACAGAAACUGUGAACUGUGAACCACAUCAGCUGGAUCCUAGUGGGCUGUGCUACCAGGAGCGGCCGAGCAGGUCCCAGCCCCAGAGGCAUCGGCCAGCUGGGGGUAGACCCGCAGCCAGUGGGGAUGAGAGGAGCGCAGCCCGGAGACCCACUACACCAGCCCUGCUUAUGAAUGAAACCAGUAAACCAGACAAUAAGAACAUUGUGAAUGGAAACCAGAGGGACCCAAGAAGCACAGAAACGAAUAGAAACCAGAGGGACCCAAGAAGCACAGAAACGAAUAGAAACCAGAGGGACCCAAGAAGCACAGAAACUGUGAAUGGAAACCAGAGAGACCCAAGAAGCACAGAAACUGUGAAUAGAAACCAGAGAGACCCAAGGAGCACAGAAACUGUGAACUGUGAACCACAUCAGCUGGAUCCUAGUGGGCUGUGCUACCUGGAGCGGCCGAGCAGGUCCCAGCCCCAGAGGCAGGGGAGUGACGACGCCUACACAGGGCACAGAGGGGCUGUAGCGGCUUCUGGUAGAGGCAGCCAAUCUACAGGGCAAAGGGGAGCGGCAGCUCUGCAUCGGCCAGCUGGGGGUAGACCCGCAGCCAGUGGGGAUGAGAGGAGCACAGCCCGGAGGCCCACUACACAUGAAUGAAACCAGUAAACCAGACACAAUAAGAAAAUUGUGAAUGGAAACCAGAGGGACCCAAGAAGCACAGAAAGCCCUAAAGAAGGCAUUCCAGAUGAGGUUCAGAAGUGGGAUGUCCCAGCCAUUCUGGGGAAGAAAAAGGAUGGCAGCUGGUGCUUAUGUCUGGACUACAAGAUCAACCCUGUCACAAAAGACUCAUAUCUCCAGAAUCGAAUCAACGAGGCCCUUGACUGCAUUGUUGGGUCUUGUUGGUUUAGCUCCCUGGACUUGCGCAGCGGGGACUCGGAGGUACAGCUGUCUCUGGAAGUUCGUCUUAAAACCGUUGACCGAGAACGUUGGCAGUUCCAGGUGAAGCUGUUUGGUCUGUAUAUGUUCGAGUGCCUGGUGAAGCGCGUGCUCGGUUCAGUCACCCGAACAGGGUGCUUCAUUUAUCUGGAUGACCUGGAGGUGCACACCCCCAAUUUCUAGGUGGCGGCCAAGGUAGCGGCUGUGAGGAAGUGGCCGACCAUCUUCUUGGGCCUGGCAUCCUUACUACAGGUGCUUUGGGAAGAAUUUUGCACACAUUGCCAGGCCCUUGCACUGGGUGACAGAGGAGGGUAGGUAGUUCUGUGACUGCGGGAGGCCCUCGCCAAAGCACCAGUCUUGGCCUUCCUCUGAUCCCCAGAGACUCUUCAUCCUGUGGGGAUCAGGGCAGAGAGAAGGUGAUGGCGUACUACAGUCAGACUCUCAGCAAGGCAAGAGGAACUACUGCUGUCUGCAGUCACAGGUCACAAAUAUGAUGUGUGUUAUUGGAAAGUAUAUCCUUAUGAAACCCCUUAUUCAAAGUGGAUGUCUGUAGGAAUUUGCUGUGUAGUGGAGGCCUGAGAUGUAACUCAAAGACGGCUGUGGCGAUGGUCCCUCCCGGAUUGGUUCUCUCUCUCCAGAUUUGAGAUUGACAGUCGUCACAGCGCUAUUGAAGCCAGGAUCCAAUGCAUUUUUCUCUCCGAAUAAUGAGUAAGAACAAAAUGACCAAUGUAUUACUCAUACUCUGAAAAAUGGCCAUGCUCAUUAUGAACACUUGUUUGUUCUCAUUGCCCGGCAAGGCCCUAUCAGAUCCCUGUUAAAAUAUCACACUAGUCCAAUGUACAAGAACACAACAUAUUUAUUGUUAGAAAACAAAGUGGUUUAUUUUACAAUUUAAAAUGUUUUUAUUUGAAUUGUAUUGAUUUUUUUAAAUACAAAAACAGAUGAACUAGGUGAAUUUGACAGUAUACUGUACUGGAAAGCAGUAACGUGUGCAGUGAGCAUGCAUGUACAUGUGCAAAUACAAGCACGACAGCCAGUGUUUACGCACCCAUGUGUGGGAGUUACUCAGACAUGCCCUUCUCCAGUGUGAGUCAUGAGCACGGCUGGGAGAGGUGGGGCUGGAGCUGCCUGAGCCUCCCCUACAGUCACUCCUCCUGCAUCAGCAACACUGGGGCUUCACCAGUGCAGAACAGCUGCUGUAUUCCCAAAUCACCAAGGCAAAAUCACACACUAAGCAAGGGGGUCAAUCUUCACAACAAUGGUAUGAUUUGAAACCAGUACUGUGACAUUAUUACUUGGUAUAAACUGAGGUCCAUGAAGUUCACAUGGGCACAUGAAAUGAUUGGAGCGGUAUAUUAAUAGCACCCUGACGGUAAACUGACAAGACGUGUAACUUGUUUGAAAACCAUCAGCAACGCAAUGCCAAGAAGCUGUGACUGCCAUCCCCACCUCCGGCUUGGCAUCUGUUUCUAAUUCAAAGCAAAAAGAAAAAGGGGCAAAAGCCAACAGGGGCAACAUUUAUACAAGCGCAAAAACACAACAGCAGACCCUUCCCGUUCCAUACACUAUGCGUGCGUAUUUGUAUUUCAUGUUGCAGUGGCCAGCUUGUAGCAGUGUGACAUCACAAUAGCAGCUUCGUGAGCUCCCCGCAGCAUCAGGAACACAAAUAACACAGAUAAUGAAACGGUUAGUUACGCCACUGAGAAGCGCUGUGAACCCUCUCAAGACCACACGUUUUUUAUGGUUUAUCUCUGAUGUGUUCUAACCACCAAUAGGGUGGCUGUCUCUUUUGUAACAAGCCCGCUUACAGAGAUGAUGAGAUAACACCUGAAUAUAACACACUUAUAUAUUUCAGAAUACUGGCUAUCGCAUUAUUUUGGAACAUUUUCUGUAAAGCUUGGGUUGUCUAGCUUUGCAAUAUAAAACACUGUUUUUAUUAAUUUCUUCUUUUUUUU